AUGUACCCUCUUGCCUCCCUUGAGCAAAUACAACAUACGCCCUCCGCUCAGGACGGGAUCCCAUCAGAGCUCGAGAACGACCUGCGUGCUUAUGGCUGCAAACUGAUCCAUGAAGCAGGCUUGCUACUGAAGCAAAAGCAGGUAGCCGUGGCUUGCGCACAGAUACUCUUCCAGAGGUUUUACUAUGUCAGCUCGUUAAAGCAGUUCAGUAUAUCUGACACUGGCAUGGGUGCGCUCUACUUGGCUUCCAAACUGGAAGAGUGCCCAAUACGAAUGCGCGACCUUAUAAACGUCUAUGACCUUCUUCUCAAGCGGGCCGCCCAUACCUCGUCUUCUCAACCAUUCAAAUACGACCCCAUGCCGUACUUCUCGGACACAUUCUACGACCUCCGAGAAGCGCUCGUGGUAUCGGAGAUGCAGAUCUUGAAGAGGUUGGGGUUCAAUGUCACCGUGUCGUUGCCAUACGGGACGUUGGUCAAUUAUAUGAAGUUGUUGGAUCUAGCUGGGAGGGAGGAUGCUGUCGCGAGAGCUUGGGGAUAUCUCAACGACGCGUUGCAAACGCCGGUAUACGCGCUUUACCCCGUUCCGACCAUAGUCUGCGCUGCGAUCCUGCUCACAUCACGAUUCCUCUCCAUACCCCUACCCGACGCAUGGUGGGAACUGUUUGAUGCCGAGUACGACGACGUAUGGAGCGUUUGCGGGUGGACAAUGCGACUCUACAUGGAGAGGAGUGAGGACGACAAGGCGAGGAUCACCAGGAUGACGGGGAAGCGGGCCGUCCGGGAGUGGCUGGAGGCCAACGGGAAAGGCAAAGACGUUGACAUGAGAUGA